AUGGCACCUCACAACGACGCACCCUCUCCCGCUGGAUCUUUUACGGACCACUACGGAAACAACUACUGGAAUUCCUCUACCUCAAGACACAACAAUUUCAUUAUUUCAGCAGACGUUCCAUCAUCACCCAGCAACAGCUCCAUGGAUGACCACUCACUAGACGUGGGGUCCCACAUGGCACGACCGCUCCAGCGUGGUGUCUAUGUCCCAACCAUGUGCUUCUUCAAGCCAGAUACGGAAGACGUCGACACCACAGCCAUUGCUGCUCAUGCCGUGCGACUCGCACGAGCUGGUGUCACUGGUCUCGCUACUCAGGGUUCAAACGGAGAGGCCGUCCAUCUGACGCACUCAGAGCGGCAACUGGUCACCGCUACCACCAGGGCGGCCCUGAAUGAGGACGGAUUCAACCACAUGCCCCUGAUUGUGGGCUGUGGUAGCCAGAGCACCCGUGAGACAAUUGAGUACUGCCGAGAGGCUUGGCAAGCCGGCGGUGACUACGCCCUGGUGCUCCCUCCGUCCUACUACGCCACGUUGUUUGCCCCAGCCUCGGAAACCAUCAUGGAAUAUUUCACAACAGUGGCGGACAAGUCGCCUAUCCCCAUCAUUAUCUACAACUUUCCUGGUGCCGUGGGUGGUAUGGAUCUGUCCUCCGAUACUAUCAUCUCGCUAUCCGCUCAUCCCAACAUUGUGGGCGUCAAGUUGACCUGCGGAAACACUGGAAAGCUGAACCGUGUGGCCGCCGCCACUCGCAAGCUCGCGAAUGUUCACGACUCAACACACCCAGAGUUCCUUGUUCUGGCUGGUUCGGCAGACUUUCUGAUCCCGUCGCUCGCUGCUGGCGGUCACGGCAUUCUGGCUGGUCUGGCAAACAUUGCCCCGAAGGCUUGCACCCGAACUAUGGAGCUCUACCAGGAGGGACAAGUUGCAGAGGCAUACAAGAUGCAGGAGGUUGUCUCGCAAGGCGACUGGACCGCCAUUCAGGGCGGUGUAGUCGGGGUCAAGGCCGGCCUGCAGGCGUGGAUGGGUUACGGAGGCGUUGCCCGGAGUCCACUGCCGAAGUUGACCACGGAGCAGACGAAGCGGUGGAAGGAAGGUUUCCGUGAAUUGGUGUCACUGGAACAGACCCUAUGA